CUCUGUGUCCAUGGCAACGUGACAACACUGUAUGUAUACUGCUAGUACCGCUGGGAUAGCAUGUAAUACAAAGGUAAGGAUUUAUUUACGGAGAAGGUGUCCUCAUCAGCUCGGUCAUCUACCAUUUCACGAGCAUUUUUUUCCUAGAUAUUAUUUUAUUCAAAGAAUUACGGCGAUCGAUAUAUAACAUCCGAAUGGCAGCGGUGUUCUUAUAAUAUAACCAGUAAUAUCAAAAACAGUUAAUCUAAUUUGACUUUUAUCGAAGCUUUUAAGGCAUUUUCAAAAGUUAUAAGACUUCAACAUAGAUAAUCCAGGGAUGGAGAACGCCCCCCCGUUCUACUAUAUGCUCCGUGCUUCUGGUCAAGGAGAAGUGUGGCGGGACUUAGGAGAAGACGACAAAUUUGGCCAGUACGGCUGGCGCUGCUCCACCAGUGAAGAUGCGUACUCCAACUGCACCCUUAUUGGCAACUGGUGUGAGGAACGCUUCGACAUCCGCCGUUUAGUGCAACGGCGCCCCCUGCCGUCACAGUUUGCCCAUUACUUUGAGACGGCAUACUCAUCCAGCUACAACACACAGAGGCACCAUUGUACCUCUGGCUUGAAGAGUGAGGUUCACAGCUUUCCGGGUCACCAGCCUGAACUAGAUCCUCCGCAUGUGAAGGGUAUUCCCAACUCCAUUUACAGGAAAGACUUCCGAGAUCCCCGGCACCAUCGGAGCAGAACCAGGACCACAUCUGAUCAGCAGGUUCAGCCUGGAGCUGUCUCCUCCUCCCCACAGAAAGGUUAA